UUUUUACAGGAUGAUGCUCAUAUUUUCUGCAGGGAGUCCCAGAUAAAAGAUGAAGUAAGAGGUGUCCUGGAAUUCAUCGAUUAUGCUUACACGAUAUUCGGGUUCAAAUAUGAGCUGAAGCUAUCAACUAGGCCAGAAAAUUAUCUGGGUAACUUGGCCACAUGGGAGAAAGCCGAAGCUGCUCUUACAGAAGCAUUGACUGAGUUUGGUAAACCCUGGCAGAUAAAAGAAGGACAUGGAGCAUUUUAUGGACCAAAAAUAGACAUCUGUGUAUCAGAUGCAUUGAGGAGGAAAUUUCAGUGUGCAACAUUAUAGGUACCUGAUCGAUUCAACUUGGUUUACUCAGCCGAAGAUGAAGCCAAGAUGGAAAGACCUGUUAUGAGACACAGAGCCAUACUGGGAUCAGUUGAGCGUAUGUUUGCGAUACUGUUGGAGCAUUACAAAGGGAUCAGUUGACAUGUUCAUUAUUGUACAAAAUUUCAUUUUAGUUUGAUUUUUUCAUCAGAUUAUCUCUUUCUGUAUUUCUAUAGCUGCGGGAUCAAAUUCAGCAAGCGGGUUCCUAUGUUGACGUCGAUACAAGCAAUAGAAAGAUGCAGAGAAAGAUAUGAUAUGGGAAGCUCACGAUGCGCAGUACAACUACUGUAUAUAUUGGUUGUUGGUGAACAAGAAGCGAAAACUGGAAAGGUUGUCUCCAUAAUCCUACUGGAG